UCUACCUUCAUUCUCCAUCACUCAUUCCUUGCCUUAGAAACCAAAAUGGCUCAAAUCAUUGCACCCAGCAACAUAUUUCUAACCCUUAUUAUUGUAGCUGCAGCUGCAGCUGGGUAUGUGGAGGCACAAAAUUGUGGGUGUGCUUCAGACUUGUGUUGUAGCAAAUAUGGGUAUUGUGGCACAAGUGAUGACUACUGCGGCACCGGGUGCCAAGCAGGGCCGUGCAAGACGGCGCCUCUAACCCCGAGCACUAGCGACGUGUCAGUGGCUGAUAUCGUCACGCCCGAAUUCUUCAAUAGCAUAAUUGGCCAGGCCGAGGCAAGCUGCGCCGGCAAAAACUUUUAUUCCCGAGCUACCUUUCUUGAGGCUCUCAAGUCUUAUGAUCAGUUCGGUAAGAUUGGCUCCAUUGACGACUCUAAGCGUGAGAUUGCUGCCUUCUUUGCCCAUGUCACCCAUGAGACUUUUCAUUUCUGCUACAUAGAAGAGAUAGAUGGACCCUCAAAGGACUACUGUGAUGAGAGCAACACACAAUAUCCAUGCAAGCCAAACAAGGGCUACUACGGGCGUGGACCAAUCCAACUGUCAUGGAACUUCAACUACGGCCCAGCCGGAGAGAGCAUUGGCUUCGACGGAUUAAACUCUCCUGAAACCGUUGCCAAUGACCCCAUCAUCGCCUUCAAGACGGCGUUGUGGUAUUGGAUGAAAAGUGUCCGACCGGUCAUUGGAGAAGGUUUCGGUGCAACAAUACGAGCCAUUAAUGGUGCCCUUGAAUGUGAUGGUGGAAACCCUGCCACUGUUCAGAAACGUGUUGAAUAUUUCACUGAAUAUUGUAACCAACUUGGUGUUGCUCCCGGGGACAAUCUCACUUGCUAGGAGACAUCUCAGUUUACUCGCUGAGCUAGAAACAUUCAUCUCCUUCAACUGUUGUUAUAUUGUGUAAUAAAAAUUAUGUAUCAGACAUAUAAAAUAAAAUAAAUACUACGAAUUCCAUUAAA